GGGGUCCGGGGGGGGGGGAGAGGAACAGUAAUAAUCAUAAUAAUAACAACGAGGCCCUCCCCGGGUCGGGCCGUUAUGGCUGAUGAGGAGAAGCCCACAACGUCAGGCCAACAGCCACCGCCUCCACCACCACCACCAGCACCACAACAGCAGCAGCAACAGGAUGUGGGCUUUGUUAUGCCUCUGCAACUCAAACUUCCACCGAAAGCUUCAAUACUUGGAAAUGAAGUGGAUUCUGAAUACGAGGAAAAAAUGAAAAUGGACCGUACCAAAAGAUUUGAGUUCCUUUUAAAGCAGACCGAGCUCUUUGCACAUUUUAUACAACCGGCCGCUCAGAAAUCUCCGUCGUCCCCACUGAAAUUGAAACUGGGACGACCGAGAACGAAACAGGACGAGAAGCAGACUCUGCUUUCUGCUGGGGAUAACCGCCAUCGACGCACCGAACAGGAGGAGGAUGAGGAGCUCUUGUCCGAAAGCAAAAAGACAUCAAAUGUUUGUGUUCGAUUUGAAGAGUCGCCGUCUUAUGUAAAAACAGGAACUCUUCGAGACUACCAAGUCAGAGGUGUGAACUGGCUGAUCUCCCUGUACGAAAAUGGCAUCAAUGGCAUUCUCGCUGAUGAAAUGGGUCUUGGUAAAACAUUGCAAACAAUUGCAUUGCUGGGCUAUCUGAAGCAUUUCAGGAAUAUUCCCGGGCCACAUAUGGUGUUGGUACCCAAAUCCACAUUGCACAAUUGGAUAAAUGAGUUCAAGCGCUGGGUUCCGUCUCUCCGUGCAGUCUGCCUCAUUGGAGACAAAGAUCAAAGGGCUGCCUUUAUUCGGGACGUUAUGAUGCCUGGAGAUUGGGACGUCUGUGUCACAUCGUACGAAAUGGUCAUUAAGGAAAAAUCUGUGUUCAAAAAGUUUAACUGGAGGUACCUGGUGAUUGACGAAGCGCACAGGAUCAAGAAUGAGAAGUCCAAGCUGUCAGAAAUUGUUCGGGAGUUUAAAUCAACAAACCGUUUGCUGCUGACGGGAACGCCUUUGCAAAAUAACCUUCACGAACUGUGGGCUUUGCUCAACUUCCUGCUGCCUGACGUGUUUAAUUCUGCUGAUGAUUUUGAUUCCUGGUUUGACACUAACAACUGUCUUGGUGAUCAGCAACUGGUGGAACGUUUACACGCUGUUCUUCGUCCAUUCUUGCUACGUCGGAUAAAAGCAGAGGUUGAAAAAAGUUUGCUUCCUAAAAAAGAAACCAAGAUUUACGUCGGCCUCAGUAAAAUGCAGAGAGAGUGGUACACGAGGAUUUUGAUGAAGGAUAUCGAUAUUCUAAACUCUGCCGGUAAAAUGGACAAGAUGCGGCUGUUGAACAUCUUGAUGCAGUUGCGCAAGUGCUGUAACCACCCGUACCUGUUUGACGGGGCUGAACCCGGCCCACCUUACACCACAGACACCCACCUGGUGGCCAACUGCGGCAAGAUGGUGGUCCUGGAUAAACUGCUGCCUAAACUAAGGGAGCAAGAUUCCAGAGUGCUAAUAUUCAGCCAGAUGACGCGUUUACUUGACAUACUGGAAGACUACUGCAUGUGGCGUGGCUAUGACUACUGUCGUCUUGAUGGACAGACACAACACGAACAAAGAGAGCGAGCAAUCGAUACCUUUAAUGCCCCGAACAGUUCCAAGUUCAUCUUCAUGUUGAGCACGAGAGCCGGUGGCCUGGGCAUCAAUCUGGCGACUGCGGACGUGGUCAUUCUGUACGAUUCAGAUUGGAACCCGCAAGUUGACUUGCAAGCUAUGGACCGAGCGCAUCGCAUUGGCCAGACGAAAACCGUCCGAGUGUUUCGCCUCCUGACCGAUAACACAGUGGAGGAGAGAAUCGUGGAGAGGGCUGAGAUGAAGCUGAGACUUGAUUCCAUUGUCAUUCAGCAAGGGAGAUUAAUCGACCAGCAAACCAACAAGCUAGGCAAGGACGAGAUGCUGCAAAUGAUUCGCCACGGGGCCACGCAUGUCUUUGCCACCAAAGACAGUGAACUGACCGACGAGGACAUUACCACUAUUCUUGAGAGAGGCGAAAAGAAGACCGCCGAAAUGAAAGAACGUUUGCAAACGCUCGGUGAAACUUCCCUUCGAUCCUUCACCAUGGAAACGGAAAGUUUAUAUAGUUUUGAAGGUGAAGAUUAUAGAGGAAAGCAGAAGAUCGGUCUGACUGAGUGGAUCGAGCCACCCAAACGAGAACGAAAAGCCAAUUAUGCAGUUGAUGCAUAUUUCCGAGAAGCUUUACGUGUCAGUGAGCCUAGAGCCCCCAAGGCGCCUCGCCCUCCGAAACAGCCAAGUAUUCAAGAUUUCCAGUUCUUUCCACCUCGGCUAUUCGAAUUGCUGGAGAAAGAAAUUCUCUCGUACAGAAAAAGUAUAGGAUACAAGGUCCCCAGGAAUCCUGAAUUGCAUAACUCGGCACAGGUGCAAAAGGAAGAGCAGAGGAAGAUUGAUGACGCUCAGCCCCUGAACCAGAAGGAGAGUGAAGAGAAAGAGAAGCUUCUUACACAGGGCUUCACGACUUGGAACAAACGGGACUUCAACCAGUUUAUCAAAGCCAACGAGAAAUACGGUCGGGAUGACAUUGACAACAUUGCCCGGGAAGUGGAGGGGAAGUCCCCCGAAGAGGUUAUCGAGUAUUCGGCUGUGUUCUGGGAGCGUUGCAAUGAACUGCAAGACAUCGAGAAGAUCAUGGCCCAGAUUGAGCGCGGGGAGUCCAGGAUCCAACGGCGGAUUAGCAUCAAGAAAGCUUUAGACGCAAAGAUGGCGAGGUACAAAGCUCCCUUCCAUCAGCUGCGAAUCCAGUAUGGAACUAACAAGGGGAAGAACUACACAGAAGAGGAGGAUCGCUUUCUGAUCUGUAUGCUGCACAAAAUGGGCUUCGAUAAAGAAAACGUGUACGAGGAGCUGAGACAGUGCGUCCGCAAUGCACCCCAGUUUAGGUUUGACUGGUUUAUCAAAUCCAGGACCGCGAUGGAACUCCAGAGGCGGUGCAACACCUUGAUAUCGCUGAUCGAGAAAGAGAACUCAGAAAUCGAGGAGAAGGAACGAGCUGAGAAGAAGCGACGAGGGCCUAAAGCUGGAACGGUACAGAAGAGGAGAGCAGAUGCAGCUCCAGAAACAUCUGGACGAAAAGACUGGAAAAAGAUGAAGACUUGAAUCUCUAGCCCAGCCUGGGAUUCCAGCUGUUCACACUAUAUUUCUCUCAAUUGCUUUCUCUCUUUCUCAACAACACACCCCCUCCCCCCCGACCCUUUUAGUCUCUCUCCUCUCUCCCACUUGUAUAUCAGUUAACAAAAUAGUUGGUGUGAUGCAGUAUAAUAAACCUUCCACGAUUUAGCUUUUGAGACUUUUAUACGUGCAGAAGAAUUGUCACACUUUAAAGAUGGAGGUGCUAGGUUGCUGGAAAGAAAUGUUUCCUUUGACUGUUCCAUUCCGAUGUUUUGUGUACUGUCUUUCAACAUUUCGUACGGUAAUAUCUCUUGUGUUUUCAGUAAUUGAUGUUUUUAUCUCUGCAUGCAUUUAUUUACAUGUCGGUCGUUUUUUUUUAAAAAAACGGAGCCACCCAGUUUUAUAUGUGAGGUGUAAUUAAGCUGAAAAUCUGUAUAACGGGAUGAGUAAGUUUUUAGCAGAUCCCUGAGCCAUUUUAUCUGUAGAUUGCCUCCCUCUCUCCCCCUCCUCACCAACCUCACCACCCAACCCACCCCCUCCACCCACUCUUCCCCAGAUAACAAACAGUUCUGUUACUUGCCUGCUUCACUUGCCUUUACUGGCUGAGUUUGGAGCUGAACUACUCGGAUUGCUUUGAAGCAAAAUAAAUCCUUGAGCUGCA